AUGAAAUUAUAAACAAGUAGUAGUUAAGAAUAUUUGAGUUCUAGGCCAUUUGAAACAAAAUAAUCAAAGAAUAUAUUCACUAUAAAUGAUUCUAGAUAUAAACAUAUUAAAAACUUAGAAAAAAAAAACAAAUAGUUAACAAAUAAAUUAGUUGAUCUACAAACUGAUUUGGCACAAAUAGAUGAAUUCAAAAUAGCUAUAUCUCUUGAUAGACCUCCUAUGAAAAAUUCAAGAGCAUUGUUUUUUAGUACAAAUGAUGUAAAGAAGGGGAAGUUACAAUUAGAGCCUUAAGAAAUUAAUGAUGAUUUUCAUCAAAGAAGAAUAGAGAUUAUGAAGGCACAAUUAUAAAAAUAAUAAAGGUAUAUUAAAAGACUUACUACUAUUUUAUAAACUACAAGGAAAUUUUAUGAAGAUCUUAGAGAAUAUAUGGUAUAUAAUACUGUAUGAUAUUUUUAGUAAUACUUUUCUUCAGUUUUGAGGUAAUCUGCAUAAGGGAAUGAUUAUUAUAUAGUUGAACAAAAGGAGACUAUAACAUCUUAAUAAGUUAUUCAAUCACCCACAAAUAAGGAAAUGAUUAAUUAAAAUGAAGAAAUAAAGCAAUAAAAAAAUUAGAUCUAAAAAAAGGUUUAAUUUACAUUAGAUGAUUCUUUUGAUAGAUAGUAAUCUUAAAGUAAAAUACAGAGAAUCACAAAGGAUAAAGAGUUUAUGGAAGUGGCAGAGAAGUAAUAAUAAUACAUUUCAUUAAAAAAUUUAUUAUAAUAAUUUAAGAGUAAUGAAGACAGGGAAAAUUUUAUAUCAACAUUUACAUUAGCAUAUUAAAAGAUUAUAGAUUUUGAGAGAGGGAAUCAAGAUUAUAGAAAUCUAUUGGAAGUAUAAUAAUAAGGGAAGAAUCGAAAGGUAUUUUAUAAACAUCCAAUGAGAUCUCUUAUAUAAAGGUAUGGUCAAUUCUUUCCUGUUAAAAGUAUCUACACUGCAUUUCCAAUGAAGGAUAGAGAAAGAUUGGAUCAUUUUUUAAUAUCUCUUGAAGGGAUGAGUUCAUAAAUUUAAAGAGAUUUAUAAAAAGUGGAUGCAUUUUGGUUAUUUAAAUCAAAUCCAUUUUUUUUUAAAUCAAAUGAUUAUCGAUAAUCUAUAGAAUUACCAGUUUAAAUAUUGGAAGAACCAUAAUUGUUUGAUGAAUUUUUAGCAGAGCCUGAAAAACAUCGUGUAAUUAAUUUAGAUUAGAUAAUGUUAUCAAAUUUAGAAAAAGAUCUAUUACAAUUAAUGGAUAGUUUGAUGGAGAUGCAGAGGAAAUUUUAGAAUGAAUGUAAUGAUUUGUAAUUUCUACAAAAACCUUAAAUAUCUAAGAUUUCUGAUUAAUUAAGAAAAUCUUUAGAAAGUUUGGUAUGUUUAUCAAGUAUGAUUGGAAAUAACAAUUUAUAAACAAUAAAUAAAAUGUAUGUAAUUGGUUAAAAAGAUGCUUAUUUAUAUUCACAUUAAAUAUUUAGUUAGAAUGAUUUUGAUUCAAAAUAUUAGAUGUUAGAAUUAUUAUUAAGUGAUCUUUGUUCAUUGGUAUAAGUGAAUGAAAUGAUAAUUGUGAAAAAAGCAUUAAUGAUGUUAAAGAGUAUUAAAAAUAUUUAUGAAAUUUAAAAAAUGAUAACAACAAUUAGAGAAUCUGAAAUAAUUAUAUUGAAAUAGAAACUUGAUUUAUUAUUAUAAGAUUAUUCUGGUGUGAAUACAUUUAUAACAAAUGCAGAAUAAUAAGUAAAAGGAUUCUUCAAUUCAAUAGGCAAUAAAUUUGCUUAAGUAAAUAAUGUUUGUAAUGUAUUUUUGGAAAGUGAUAAAAUAAUGGAUUCAUAAUGUAGAAAGUAAUUUGGAUAGAAUCUAAAGAAAUAACUUAAAGAUAUAACAGAUUAUAUUUAAGGUUUGACAUAGAUAGAAAGAAAUGAUAAUUGUAUAAACAUAAAAUAAUUACAAUAAGAAUUCGAUAAAAAAGUAAGUACAUUUUAUGUGAGAAGUGAAUAAUUACAAAGAAUGAAUGAACAAAUAUCAAAGCGUUUAUAAUGA